AAUGUUGCAUGGAUACAUUGUUAAACUUAACUUUUGUCAUGACCAAACAUCGGGGAAACUUCAAACUUUUGAAGAUUAUUUGAAAAGAUUUCGAAAUAGAAAAGUUAAAGAAAAAGAAAAUGAGCUGAAGGCAAAUGGAUAUUUAAAAUUCUUUUUACAUAACAAAGGGAACGAUAUCUACUUAACCUUUAUCAAUGACGAGUUAUCGAUAGAUGAAGACAAAACAAUCGGAGAUUCUAGCUUAAAUGAAAAGGAAAAUUCUAUCGAAUAUACUUUCGAAAAUCCCUUUUUAGCCGCACUUUCACCUCCAAGAUCAAAGGUUAUUACGCUAACAGCUGCUGAAAUGUUGCGGAUUUAUAACGAGAGGAAAGGAAUACUUUUAGGUGGAGGAAGUCUAAAACCUAAUAGAAGAAUUCGACGUUUAAAUAACGAAUCUUCCAAAGAUUGGCCAUAUCCAAAGGUUCUUAACGCAAGUUGGCAUGGUAUCUACUAUAAUGUGGGUGAAGAAGCGGAAGAUUAUGAAAGAGAGACUUAUAUUAAAGCAAGAAGUUUAUUGGGAUUGAAGGAUGGCUUAUCAACUUGCUGCACAUCAAACACAACGGCUUUAACAAUUACUUUGAGCCAUCAAAAAUUCGCAAAGUUUACAAGAUCACCGUCAGAUGGUCAUUUGAACAAGUUGAACAAACGUUCGUUAUGUAAAGCCGUAUCUUUUUGCGAUAGCACGUUUAGUAGUAGGGAAUUACAGAAUUUAGGUUUAAGUAGAAGAUCUGAUGAAGGAAAAGAAGGAAAUAAGAAAGUUAGAAGGUGUUUACAGUUAAAUAAAAAAAGAAGCGCAAACGAAGAGAGAAUAGAAAGGAAACCGUCUAAAGUUGAUUUAUUAAGAUCUCCAUUAAAAUCAAGCACAGUGAGAAGAAUGACAAGAACAAUUUCGCAUUCUUUUAGCGAAAACUUACAAGAUAAUAGCAAGUUUGUUCAAAGAACUCCCGAAAAAUGUUCUUUGAUAGAAAAUAUGGAAAAAAACACGGCUGACAGAGCGAAACAAAAUUUGGAUAGAAAUCUGUCCAAUUCUCAAGGAACCGUUAGUGCUAUUUCUAUUUUUAUACAGUAUUAUGUUUUUCCUACAGAAAAUGAUUUUUUUCAAACUUUAUCAUUUUCCAGUUUUACCAGUUUUUAUCAAUUGAGAUAACGUUAAAUAACAUAUAUUCGUAUUAAUGAAGCUAUAAUCCUACAAAGAAAUAUUUUGAUUUGUUUAAUGACACCUCGCCUUCAUAUAUCAUUUUCACAUCUUUGCCAUCUUUUCGGUAGGCAAACGCAAACAUCUACGAUAAAUAGAGAUAAGCAUUUAUGCGAACACCUUACCAAGACACUUUUAAAUAUGCUUACACACUGCUAAAAAACCAAAAACAUGACGUCAUAUCUUUUUAAAUUGACAGCCAAAAGUUGAUUGGAGCCUACAUAAUAGCAUAUAAGAGAAAUUAUAUUUUAUUUUUAAAAUAUUUAGCGUUUGUAUUCUACAUUUUGACCUUGAAAUUCUAAACCUUUAAGACUUAUAUAGUUCAAAGGUAAAGAGCUUAAGGAAACAAUUAUCAGUACUACUUGAAAGAGAAUAUUGCAUGUCUAUGAAAAAGUUUAAUAUUUUGUUUUAUUUUUGUGUCACAGUUGAUAAGAAAGUUAGUAAGAGAAACUCUAAGGAAACGUGGAAUGGACUUUAAAGCUGACCUACAUAAAAGAGUUUAUAAGCGUCUAGUAACUUGCUGUGGAUCGUUGUUAAGCGGCGUUACGGAUAUGUCUUUCUCAAGAAAAAUUACUGACGAUGUUUUGGAUAAUUUAUUUGAUACCGUUGUUCGUAUAGAAGAGAAAGUGAAUUUACCAAGAAUCAUUAAGUAAUGUGAUAUAGGAAGUUUGAUACAUCUGCAUUUGUAAUCUAUUUUUAAUAUAUAAUAUGUAAAUUUAUUUCAAGUACCACUUUUUAAUGAC